CGGGCUGUGCCCCCAGCGGGGCGGGACCACCGGAGCCCAGAGCGCUGGCCGGACGGGAGGGACUGCGGAGGCGGACUGGGGACUGGCGGGGGGCUGCUCAGAUCUGGGGUCGGUUCGGAGAUGGAGGUCUGUCUGGGUCGUAACUCUCAGCUCCUCCCGGCCCCAGACUGUUCCCUCCCUGGGGGGGCGUUCCCAUGACUCUGGACGGCGUCGUAUUUGCGUUUGGUCGGUGUUAGGUGCCAGGGGACAGCCGCCCCCGCUUGAAAAGGGUAGUGGCCUUUGAGCCAGGUGACCGGGGGACAGGAAAACCUGGCCCUGGUUAAUGAUUCGCCCUGUUCCUGGAGUGGGGUGGGUGGGGCAAGAGGAGGCUGGUGCAGGAGGGGGACGCCUCAAAAUGCUCAAGAGGGCCAAACUAGUUCCCCAGCCACUCCAGGAAUGUGUGGCCUGCGGGUGGGGCUGGGCACAGGAGGGCAGGGCCGAAGGGCCACAGUCCUGAGCCGGUUGUUGUGGCAAAGCCAAGAGAAGAGGAAGGCCAGGCUGUGGUGGAGGCAGGCCUGGCCUGAUCUCAUGGCCCGUGUCCUCCCCACAGGACAGGGAUGGUCUUGGAGCUUGUGGUAAUGGAGCUGAAGGUGUGGGUGGAUGGCAUCCAGCGCGUGGUCUGUGGGGUCUCGGAACACACCACCUGCCAAGAAGUAGUCAUCGCGCUAGCCCAAGCUAUAGGCCAGACAGGCCGCUUUGUCCUUGUGCAGCGUCUUAGGGAGAAGGAACGGCAGCUGCUGCCGCAGGAGUGUCCAGUAGGAGCUCAGGCCACCUGUGGACAGUUUGCCAACGAUGUCCAGUUUGUCCUGAGGCGGACAGGACCCAGCCUGUCUGGAAGGCCCUCCUCAGACAACUGUCCACCCCCGGAGCGAUGCCCAGUUCGGGCCAGUCUUCCCCCAAAGCCAUGGGCCGCACCAGGCCGAGAGCCACACAGAGCACUGACCUUUAACCUAGGAUGUCCCAAGCUGGUCCCCAGCCCCUCGAUCCCUGAACCUACAGCCCUGGUAGGACCCACGCCAGACUGCUUUGCAGACCUGCAGAGCCUGGAACUCAGGAUACAGAGGAACGCUGAGGAGUUGGGCCAUGAGGCCUUCUGGGAGCAGGAGCUUCGGCGAGAACAAGCCAGGGAGCGUGAGGGACUGGCGCGCCUGCAAGCGUUGAGUGCGGCUACUGCUGAGCAUGCUGCCCAGCUGGAGGCCCUGGAUGCCCAAGCCUGUGCCCUGGAGGCAGAGCUUCGGCUGGCUGCUGAGGCCCCUGGGCCUCCUUCAGCUACAGCAUCUGCUACUGAGCGACUGCGCCAGGACCUGGCUGUCCAGGAGCGGCAUAGUGUGGAGAUGCAAGGCACUUUGGCCCUGGUGAGCCGGGCCCUGGAGGCUGCUGAGCACGCUCUGCAGGACCUUCAGUCUCCAACCAGAGAAGAGCCCCUCCAGGGAGUCCCCGAGAGCCAUAUCCUAGUGUCCAGCCUGAGCCCCGAGGUUCCCCCCAUGAGACAGAGCUCCUGGAGGUAGCAGUUCCUGCUCAAGUAGGGGACACUGAGGACAGAUGAGCCAGCACAGCUGGAAUGAGCCACCUGGACAAUGGGAGAGUAUGAUCACAGGAUUCUUCCCCUAAAGUGGGGAAAGCUAUGACAUCCCGGGGUUUCUGCGUCAAGGGGCGGGAGUGCUAGCCACCUGUUGUCCUAGUCUUUUUCAAGUCUCCCAAGCCCUCUGAAGAAACAAUGGACACAGUUCGGAACUUAACCAGGCCCCAAAGGCCACUCCUUGUUGGAGGAGAGAGUAGUGUGGACAAUGCAUUCAUCCUGUGGGUGUGUGCUUGCUCUUUGCUACACUGCAUGUGUGCUGCCUUCCUUGCCCUAAUAAACCUCAAUAAACUACCUUUCAAAGGUGCUUAAGUAUAUUCUGAAGUUGUAC